AUGGAAGGAUGCCAAUAUUUGUUCAAGACUGAGAAGGUAGAAGACUGCAGACAGGGCGUAUCACAGAUCAAGGCGAACAUUUCUGUAGUGGAGAGUGUGGCUGACUUCGUGGCAAAGACACUUGGGCCAUAUGGGUUGGACAAGUUGUUCUACGGCAAAAAGAUGCUGCUUACGAAUGAUGGAGCAACGAUAAUGGAAAACAUGGAGUUCAAACACCCAGUAGCACAGCUUCUGACCAGUCUAUCCAAAUCACAGGACCAGGAGGUGGGAGAUGGAACAACAAGUGUGAUUGUGCUGACUGGUGCACUUCUCACUCAGCUUAAGCCACUGAUUACGGCUGAUUUCUCAAGAGAUGAGCUAAGAAAAGUGUUGAAUACCUGUUUGACUGAAUGCAUAAAGCACCUAGAUUCACUAAAAGUUGAAUUCAGUGAAGAGAAGCUGGUGAAGCUGGCUGAGACGUGCAUGACGAGCAAGAACGUGAGAAACGAGCGUGGCCACUUUGCAGAGAUGCUGUGUGGCGUGCUAAAUUCACGAAACAAGGAUUUCAACCUGAAUGUUGUGAAGAUGCCUGGUGGAUCACUGGGUGAUUCAGUUCUGGUUGACGGUGUUGCAUUUGAGAAGACAUUCACGUACGCUGGAUACGAUCAGCAGCCUAAGAGAAUCGAACACCCUCUCAUUGCGUGCAUUGAUGUCGAACUAGAAUGGAAGAGUGAGAAGGAGAAUGCUGAAAUCAGAAUCAGCAGCACGGAAGAGUACAAGAAGGUGGUGGAUGCGGAAUACGCGAUAUUGGAGGAGAAAUUGGAUGAUUUGAUCAAAAGUGGGGCCAAUGUUGUGCUAAGUACCAAAAGUGUAGGCGACUAUGCUACUCAAUAUUUUGCAGCAAAAGGCGUCUUCUCAUUGGGGCGAGUUGGAGACCUUGAUAAAAUAUGCAGGGCAUUUGGUGGUGCCGCAUCAACAACCACGAAGUAUCUGAGUGUGGGACAGGCAGAUCUGUUUGAGGAGAGGCAGCUUGGAAACACGCGAUACAACUACAUCAGUUCAUCAAAGACGAAUGUGAAGACGCUGAUAUUGAGAGGACCAGGAGAAGAAGUCGUAGAGGAGGUUGAGAGGGCCAUUCACGACGCAGUUUGCGUCGUGAAGAAGGCAGUGAGCUCACAGGGGAUUCUGACUGGUGGUGGAUCAGCUGAGAUGGCAAUGAGCACAGUUUGUAGGCGACUGUACCAAAAAGCAGAAGGAAGAGAGAAAUCGCUCUACAGGGCCAUUGGGGCUGCAUUUGAGAAGAUUCCAGUUCAACUGGCUGAGAACUUUGGUCUGGAUCCGAUCAUUCAGAUUCAGAAACUCAGGAAGAUGCAUGCAUCUGUGAAUCACCACUAUGGAAUGACACUCUUUGGACCAGCAGACAUGCAUAGCAUUGGCGUGUUUGAGCCAGUGGACGUGAAGAAGAACAUGGUCAAGGCGGCAUUCAGCACAGUUGACGUGAUUCUAUCAAUCAAUGGAACACUCAUCAGUGAAAAUCAAUCUCAAUAA